AUGGAUAUGGACACUCAACCACCACCUUCGUUAGCGCAAGUUGAACAAAUUAUAGCACAACUCUAUGGAGGCGUUGUUACUCGCUUUUCUAAGUCGGCGCAAGAAUACUUGCAAAACAUUCAAAAGCAAAAUUAUGCAUGGGAAUUAGCGUCUCAAUUAUUGGCUUCUGAGGGCAAUAGAACAAAUUUAGUAAAUUGUUAUAUUUAUCUGACUAAGCAGUCAGUUAAUUCUCAAUUCUUCGGGGCACACACUUUUCAAGUUAAAAUAUCAAGAGACUGGCAUACUUUACCUCCUGAACGAAAAGAAUGGGUCCGAAAUGAACUUCUAGGAUGGAUUUUGCGACUUUCUAAUGGGCCAAUGGUCGUCAUUACUAAAUUAUGUUUAGCCCUUACAGCCUUUGUACUUCACGCCGUUCCCGAAAUUUGGACAAAUUUCAUAUCAGAUUUUUUUGAUUAUUUACAUACCGGAUCCUUGGCUGUUACGGCACAAAACCAGGGUCAGGCUCUAUUUAUUGAAUUACCGCUUCUUGAAUUUCUAACAGUUGUUCCUGAGGAGAUUUCAAGAGCUGAUUUAAUAGGAGAGAGAAAAGCAAAAGUCAAUCAGGAACUCAUUGAUUCCAUUCCACGUGUGAUGUCAAUAUUGAGGACUAUAUUAUCUAAUCAUCACGGAUAUGCAGAACGGGACAUUUUACUAAAACAAAAGUGUCUUCGAUGUUUGCAAAGCUGGAUCCUAUAUGGAGUACCCUUUGAAACGCUUUUUCUUCUCGUCGAUCAUGUUAUAACUCUAUUCCAAAUCGAAUUAACUAAUGACGCAGCAACAGAAGUUUUAGUGGAAUUUAUUUCACAACCUCGUAUUUCUUACUACCAGAAUACAGUCUGUGAAAAAAUACUUCAUUGUAUUACUAGUGACUGGGCAAAAAAUCAAAUAACUAAAGCUAUUAAUGAUAGAGAUGAACUUGCUGCAAGAAAUCUUUGCCGAUUGAUGACAACUUUUGGAGAUCAAUUUACUAAUUAUAUUGCAAUUAAUUUUUUAAGACCGGAUAUAGCUGUUUAUUUAGAAAUGAUGCUAAUGUUUGCAGGAUUUCCUGGCUACUUUGGACAAGAUCAAGAAAUAUCCUUUUUAUCUUUUGAUUGA